GAGAAGUACCAUGCUGCAAGCUUCAAAAGUUUUUCCAUUUUCAUCCAACUAUUUGCCAUCUAGAAAUAUCCAGACAAUGACUACAGCAGCAUCCAAGGAUGUGGAAAUGUCCAUCACUCCGAGUUCUUGCCUUCACGAUGAACCAGUGCAAAUCAGGGUAGAAGGACUUUUGCCCAAUCAGGAUGUUACUCUGUACUCGUCCAUGAAGGAUACCAGGAAUGUUCAAUAUAUUUCAACUGCUCAUUAUAGAGCUGACAGCAAUGGAAAGGUGGAUGUGGACACAAUGGAGUCCUUGGGUGGGAGUUACACAGGUCAUUUUCCCAUGGGACUUAUCGGCACCUUACAUCCAGCUCCCUCCGAGUACAAAUUCACUCGUUUCUUCAAAAGGGACGUUGUGAACCCCAACAUUGUAGAGCUGAGUGUGUAUGAUGGACACUUGACUGAAGAGGAAGUGUGCGCCCCAGAGUGUAAGAAGGCCCUGGACAGUACAAUGCACGAGCGUCACUACAUGGGGCCAGGGGUCCAACGAAUCCCAGUACGCUAUGGAAAAGUUCGGGGGACUCUGUUUCUCCCUGCAGGAGAAGGACCUUUCCCUGGUGUAGUUGACAUGACAGCUGGUGGGCUCUUGGAGUAUCGAUCGGCGCAGCUAGCAUCAAGAGGCAUUGCUGCGUUGUCCCUUGCCUUUUUCGCCUACGAUGACCUGCCCAAGACGCUCGAAGAAUUCAACAUUUCGUAUUUUGAGGAAGCUGUGGAGUUCCUUCUAAAGCAUGAAAAGGUGCGUGGUCCUGGGGUAGGGGUCAUUGGAACUAGCAAAGGGGGAGACCUGGCUUUAUCCAUGGCAGCAUUUAUUCCGUCUAUUACAGCAUGCGUUACGAUUAAUUGCUACAACUCUCCAGUUGGUGUAGGAAUGCGUGUUAAGGAUCAUCUCUAUCCAUGUCUGCCAGAACAUGAUUUUCAAUACCUUUCUAUUGAUAACGAAGGUACCCUUAGUAUUCGUAGAGAUGUACGAGACCCUCGUAAAAGCAAAGAGUCAACCCUCCCCAUUGAACAAAGCAAUGCAGCCUUUUUGUUCCUUGUUGGCAGUGACGAUCAAAAUAUACACUCAGAAUUUUAUGCCCAGUUGGCCUGUCAGCAACUGCGUUCACAUAAUUACCAAAAAUGGUUUGAAGUUUGCUCAUACCCUGGAGCAGGCCAUCUUUUGGAGCCUCCAUACUCAGCUCAUUGCUCAGCAUCUUUUCAGCACACCUUCAUGCUGCCUGUCCGCUGGGGGGGAAGGGGCAAGUUCCACAUCCUUGCGCAGGAAAAGGCAUGGUUCAAGAUGAGAGAAUUUUUGGUCCAACAUUUAGGUUGUGACAGUGAUAUGGUGAAAGAAGCAGAUAGUGAAAAAAGUAUCUUUUUGAAGAGUCAUUUGUAAUUGGCUUUCAUAAGAUAGUAAUUUGUGCAGUAUGUUUGGAGUCUGAAUUGCUACUGAAUUUUCAAGAUUCGGAAAAUCACAGGUUCCAUUAUUGCAUGCAAAUUUAUGAUCCAGUCACCCACUUUUUAAAUUAAAUUAUUUGUCUCCUUAAUUUACAAAAUAUAUGAAGGAUGACUGAAAUUACUUAUUUAAGAAAUUGCAAAAUCCCAUCAGUAUUAGCCUAAGCCAGUUAGGUACAAACAGAACAAUAGAUUUUCUUGGCUGGCUCUUUAUGUAUGUUGACACAGAUGGUUGUAAAUUAUGAAACGAUGCAUAUAAUAUAAGAAGUGCCUUCUUGUUUGUGUCUUAUAUUGAUACUAUUUAUACUCUUCAAGGUUAAUUUUAUUAAUUUCUCAAUUAUAUCAUGUGUGAUAUAUUUUUAAGUAAUUAUUUUGAGAUAUGAAUAUGGUUUCUCCAGGUUGACUUUAGGAUAAACAUUUGCUAGUGUUCAGUCGGCUCUUUGCACCAAAGCUGUCAUAUCUUUUAAUCAGACAGUGAAGAUUAGGUUGCCAUCAUGAUAACAUUUAUUGAGUUUUGAUUAGAGUUUGUUUGUAAGGAUUAAUUCCUUGGAUCUGGUUAUUUUACGGGAAUCUCGUGGACCAAAAUAUGGACAUUAGGCAGUCCCUCUGAUAGGUGUGCCACCUGUAGGCUGGGUGCAUGCGGACGCUUAUGUACGGUGGCAAGACUCGAUGCCUCCCUUUUGCAAUGUUAUUUUCUUUUUUUAUGCCUAAGCGUUUUUAGCUUUUUGGCAUUUAACAAUGUCCAUGUUUGUCACUGGAUUUGCUUAUCCAGAUGGUAAUAGCCUGUUUUCCUUGCACAGACUCCAUGUCAUUCCUCUAGGUAGUCCAUAACUCAGUGCAAGAAGAAUAACAAUAAGUAACAUCUUAUUAUUUGUGUAAUUUAUAUUUUUUCGUAAUAUUCAAUUUUCUGUAUUCAAACUGCACCGCUGGUCACAGCAGCCAGGAAUAGGAUGCUGCGCAUGGAAAUGGCAUCCUCCCAGGUGCUAGCGCUCUUUCAUUCAUGGUUCACAAACUGUAUAUUCCACAUUCAUUUAUCAAUGAAAAUAAUGCAAAAGCCCCUUUCUAAACAUUAAAUAAGUCUAAUCACCCUCCAAGAGGUUUGUGUACUCAUGGCAAGUCUUUUCCGCCACCCAAGCCUUCAGCCAAAAUGCUCACAACAGCAAGUUCGCGCCACCCCAGCCCACAGCCAGAUGUACAGAUUUUGAGGCCUUUUUUGUUGAUACAUUAAGUACUUAAUCUUUGCUUGUGAAAUGUUUCAUUUUCAUUAUUUUAUUCUCAACUGUGUUAGAAGCGUUGUUGAAUACCUUGUGUUCUAGUAUUUAACUCGUUGGAGCCAGCCUGUACCUAGACUAAAAUCCGUGUAUUAGGCUUUCUUGAGUGGCGACUCUCUCGGGUGUGUGGCAUUAAGGCCUGGCCAACAUUCGCAUCACCCAUUCCCUCAACCAAAGUGUUUGAUGACAGCUCAGUCCUAUCACUUGGAACUUAGCCAAUGGGUUGAUUUUAAUGUUUGCCCACAUAAGAAUUCCACACAUGGUAAUGCCUUCACUAUUUAAGCCUUUAACAAGUAUGGUUGUGCAAUUAUGAUGUUUUGUAGUUACAUGUGUACAUUUGUAGAUUGGGAGAUCUAGAGAACAAUUUAGUAUUUUUUAUUUAGCUAUAUAUAUAUUUUUUCAAUAUUGGAGAUGUACAUAAAUGAAACGUAUAAAUACAGUAUUGUUUUUAUGGUAAAGAAAUGUGUUAAUAUAUGCCUUCCCAAAGUGA